AUGAUGACCAAUGUCAGCAACAGCACGCUGCCCGUUGGACCACUGUCCCACUGUUACCAUGACGACAGCGCCUUCAAGUACCGCGCCUACAUCUGCACCUACAUCCUGGUGUUUCCUGUGGCCUUCCUGUGCAACGCCGGCGCGCUCGUCGUCUUCUUCCAGAUCCGAAAAAGGAACGGAAUCCGCCGUUGCUUCGAGCCGGGAACCCUGACCUCGUGGACAAAGAUCCUCAUUCUGAACUACUUCGGUUUGGUUCUGGGCUUCCUCAUACCUUUCUUCAUCAUCAUCCUUUGCUACAGCAGAGUCAUUCAGCACCUGGUGGCCCCCAAAGACCUCCGCCUGGGCAACCUGAGGACCAGGCACAGCAGGAGGCACUCGGUAUACCUGGUCACCAUGGUGAUCGCCACCUUCCUGCUGUGUUUCCUGCCCUACCACCUGAUCCGAACGCUGCACCUGCACGCCGUGAUCAGCAAAUGGAGCUGCGAUGUCAUGCGGCUGCUGCAGCGGGCCGUGUCGGUGACGCUGUGCCUGGCAGCGUGCAACAGCAUGCUCAACCCGCUGCUGUACUACUACGCCACCAAGACCUUCAGACAGGACAUGAGGAAAGUCCAGACCUCUCUGAGGUCCAACUUAUGGGACUCCUACAGACACAACUCUGUGAAGAAGCAAAGAGAACAGUCCUGA